GUUAAAAGCUUUCCAUGUUAACGGAUAACAUCGGUUUGUGUGGAUUUUGUCUGUUGGCAUGGCGGCGUUGAGCUUCUCCAUUACUGCUACAGUUUUACCGCAACGUCAAGGAAAAGUGAGUUACAGGAAUGAUAAAUGCCUCGAAGGUGUCAGAAACCUUGUGAGAAAAUUUCAGGUUCCUUCAGUUGUGUGUGCUCCACAGGAAUCACUACAAAACGGGAGCUGGGUCAAGCUUAUAUGUGGUGCAAGCUUUGAGGAUGUUGUUGAUAUCAGAAACCUCUCUCUGGUUUACACUCUAGCUGGAGUUGAUUGCAUUGAUUGUGCUGCUGAUGAAUCAGUUGUGAGUGCUGUAAAUGAAGGCAUUGAAGCUGCACGAGACAUUUUGCAGAUUCGAAAGCCUUGGGUAAUGAUUAGUGUUAAUGAUGAUCGAGAUCUUCACUUUCGUAAAGCUGAAUUUGAUCCAGAGGAAUGUCCACGGGACUGUUCAAGGCCAUGUGAGAAUGUGUGUCCUGCGAAUGCAAUAUCAUUAGAGGAACAAAAAUCAACAACGGAUUCUUCCUAUGAUAUAGAUAUGCUACAUGUUUUAAAGGGUGGAGUCAUAACUGAACGCUGUUAUGGCUGUGGCCGUUGCUUUCCUGUCUGCCCCUAUGAUAAAAUCAUUGCUCUAGGAGAGGUUACCUAUGUAAGAGAUGCUACUGCUACUGCUGAACUUCUUAAAAGAAAUGAUGUUGAUGCCAUAGAGAUACAUACAAGUGGAAGGCAGAUGGCUCCCUUCAAGAAACUUUGGGAUGGUUUGGGAAACUCACUCAGACACCUGAAAUUAGCAGCAGUUAGCUUACCUUAUGCUGGGGAUUCAACUCUAUCUUCAAUGAACAACAUGUACUCAGUCAUGGAACCUCAGUUAAAUUGUCUCAAUCUAUGGCAGUUGGAUGGCCGGCCCAUGAGUGGAGAUAUUGGCCGAGGUGCCACAAGGGAAUCAAUUGCAUUUGCUGUUCGUUUGGCUGCUGCCAAAGACAAGCCUCCUGGUUUCUAUCAAUUGGCAGGUGGCACAAAUGCUCAUACAGUUGAUGGGUUAAAAAAAGAGGGACUUUUUCAAACAGCAUUGUUUGCUGAUAACUCACAAGAUAAGAUAUCAAAAGCUUCAUCACUUAAUUCACUACGUGCCUCAAUUUGUGGGAUAGCUUAUGGUGGCUAUGCCCGGAAGAUAAUUGGAAGGGUCUUGAGAUCAAUGCAAUCACAGUAUGGUCUCACUUGUAUUGAGGAUCAUCCGGAGCAUCUCUUGGAGGCACUUAAAGAAGCCCUUGGUUUGGUUGGAACAGUCAAACGUUAUGAUCCAUUCCUGCAGGAUAUGUGAUCAAGGUGUUCGAAUGAAGCAAGUGCAGAUCCAGGAUAUAAAUUAGGAGGAGCAAACUUGCAAAUCCUAUUGACUACAUCAAUUCACUGGGAUAAUGUCAGUACUAAGCAGGACAUAGUCAGAGCCCAGUGGGUGUUCAAAUACGGGCGGUUAUAGACUGAAGAAAAUUCAGUGGCUUGAAGAUGUAAAACUAAUUUAUAUCUGUACAUAUUUUAUGAUACAAAACGAAACUUGAAUAGCAGAAUAUAUUAACAGAAGUUUAGUUGUUGGACCUAUAGGAAAUAUUAUAUUAGAUUGAGAUUUUAGUCCGUGAAGCAUUAUUUACAGAAGAUUUUACCAAACUGAGAGAACCCUUUGUCAAAUC